AUGUUUGUACCGACAAUGCUUUUAACUGAGCAUGGAGAUGAAACUGAAAUUAUUCAACAUAUUCUAUCCACGCUCAAAUACAUUUGCUUUCUACCUGCUUUUGAAUUCUCACUUUAUGUUCAUCAGAGAUUUUUUAAACGCCAACAUCAUCAUUAUGAUUAUCUACGUCGUCAUUUCUGUUCAUUAAAUGAAAAAUGUCGUCAUAAUCAAAAACCUACUGAUGACGAUGAAAAGUCACUGGUUUUAUAUGUGAGCAGAUAUUAUGCGGUGCCAGGUGACAACAACAUAUGCCACAUCACAUCGUGGCUUCAGCCACAUUCAACAAGGAAUGUGAGGGCAAGAGAAGUCGACACAGAAUUGGAAAGUCAUACAAUAAAGAAUGGAAAUAAUUUUCAACAAGGAACUGAAAGAAAGUGCAAAUUUUCACACUGCAAAGUAUCCUUUGUUGCAACUGCUGUUACUGUUAUUUCAAUGUGCGACAUGGACUUUUUAAAAACACUUUUAUGUUUACAAACGACCCAUGCCAACAAAAACACUUCAAAACUUAAUCACUUAAUGUUGUACAAUGAUUAG